AUGGCCAGUAAGGAAGGAGUUGUGCAAAACGGAAAAGGCCGUCAAUAUUUCAGAGGGGAGGAUACCCGCUUGAUUUUUGUGGAUCAUCUAUCCGUAGCAUUGGAUCAGAAUAAAAUUUUCAGCUUUAGAGAUGACAAAGACCUUAAGAAAGGAAAUACCAUUGCCCUAGAACUCCUGAAAGCAAUCGAGGAGUCGAGGAUUUCCCUUGUCAUUCUUUCGCCAAACUAUGCUUCUUCAACAUGGUGCUUGGAUGAGCUGGUGAAGAUUCUCCAUUGCAGCCAAGAUAUGGGGCAAGUGCUCUUACCGAUAUUUUACCAAGUGCAACCGAAGAACAUGAAUGGAAGGCCCGAAGCAAAUAUUGUCAAUGACAUUGUUAAGUUUGUACUCAAAUGUUUAAAAUGGAUGCGUGAAAAGACAGGAAGAAAGAACUUUGUGAGGGAACUUAAAGACUUUGCUGCUGAUGUGGAGACUCUGUUGGACGAGUGGAAAGAUAAAGCUGCUAAUAUGUUUGAUACAUUACAAGAGAUAGCUGAGGAUCUAGAGAAUGAGUUCGGAGAUGGAUCUGAAGACGAAGCUGCAAAUGAGAGUGAAGAAGAAUAA